CCUGUGCUGUGCGCACGAGUUGCCCCGUUAGCUGCCGGAACUGGACAAACAGUCGGCUAGGCCUAUGGAAUCCGACCGUGGCCCUAGGCAGGACCCGGCCCACCACCACCCGCCCACUCCUCUCAUCUCCUAGUGCGGCUGCGCAGCGGAGGGAAAUGAGCCCUUAUCGCCGCCGUAGGUCACGAGUCCCGGCCGCGCGCUCCUAUUGGCUGGGCAUGUUUGGCGCCAAAGUGCGAGCGGAGGCGGAGAUAGAGGCGACGACAGGAGCGGCGAAGCCCGGAACAUUAGGAACCGAGAGCGGCGGCCGUGAGCUUGGCGGCCGUUUGGCGUGAGAGCGUGCUGUUGACAAGGCCGCCAUGUUCUGCGAAAAAGCCCUGGAGCUGGUGCGCGAGCUGCACGGCGCGCCGGAAGGGCAGCUGCCCCCCUUCAAUGAAGAUGGACUCAGGCAAGUUCUGGAAGAAAUGAAAGCUUUAUAUGAACAGAACCAGUCUGAUGUAAAUGAAGUGAAGUCAGGCGGGCGAAGUGAUCUGAUACCAACCAUCAAAUUCCGACACUGCUCCUUGCUGAGGAACCGACGGUGCACAGCCGCGUACCUGUAUGACCGGCUGCUGCGUAUUAGGGCCCUCAGAUGGGAGUGUGGCAGCGUCCUGCCGAACGCUGUGCGGUCGCACCUGUCUGCUGAAGAAAUGGAGUGGUUCAAUCACUAUAAAAAGUCCCUUGCAACUUACAUGAGGUCCUUGGGAGAUGAUGGUUUGGAUAUCACACAGGAUAUGAAACCUCCAAAGAGCCUAUAUAUAGAAGUGCGCUGUCUGAAAGACUAUGGAGAAUUUGAAGUUGAAGAUGGUACUUCAGUCCUAUUAAAAAAAAAUAGCCAGCACUUUUUGCCUCGGUGGAAGUGUGAGCAGCUGAUCAGACAGGGUGUCCUGGAGCACGUGCUCUCGUGACCCCACCCCGGCACUGCCAGGCUUCCCCACAGCUGGGCUGGACCACACGCAGGAGCCUCUACACCCCCUGCCCUCCGGGUACAGACAUUCUUCAAGAUGACCAGGACCAUGUGGCUAAGCAGUAUGGUUUUUCUGUUGUGCAGGAUUCGUCCCUUCUGUGAUAAGCUGUAUCUAUAAUCUUGACAUUCCUACCAUUACUACAAUGUGUUUUUUUGUUAAUGAAGGUAAACAUUUGAAUCUCUUAAACAA